AUGAAUCAAACAGCAGAUAUACAAGACAUACACAUUCGUGAAAAAUCAUCACGUAAUUUGUUUCGAAAUUCAAAUCAUCAUAGAGACAAUGAUUAUGUUCAGAAAUAUCGGAGGAAGGUAGUUACAACCGGAAAGGAUAUUUCAUUUCUUGGAAUGAUGAAAACAUUCAUUUUCAUUUUGUUGGCAUUCAUGAUGAGCCAUCAUUUUUCUCUACUCGUUUCUUCAAGCCCUCUCAAUCUCGUCAUUCCCGAUGAAGAAACCAAUACCAAGCUCAUUGUAUGUGAGGAAGGAAUCAACUUUUUACGAAGCUUGAAAGAAUCAAAUAUUGCUGUGGUUGCUGUUGCAGGGAGGGCAAAAACAGGCAAGUCCUUUCUCAUGAAUCACUUACUGAGAGUCGAUCAUGCAGAGGGCUUUCCUGUUCAAGUCUCUUUCAAACCAGGAACGAAAGGUAUCAGCAUUUGGAGUGAAGCAUUCAAAUAUCCAAAGAAUGGAAACAAGGAAGUAAUCAAAAGGUCAUCCUUAGAUUCUCAAUCAACGACAUCCGCAACCAUGAAUAAUCAUCAUCAUCAUGACAAGGAUGAUUACAUGACCGUCGUGUUUAUUGACAGCGAAGGACUGGGAGCUCCUGGAAAUCCAGCCCACUCCUAUGAUCCCAAGCUUGCUUCUUUAACCAUUUCUCUUGCUUCUCUUCUAAUUUAUAAUUUAAAUCAUGAAAUUCAAGUUUCAGAUAUUAAUUUAUUGCACAGUGUGGCCACCUUAUCGAGCGUAUUUGAGAAUCAAUUCAAUGAAACAUUCCCUUUUCCGCCCAUAUUGUGGACCAUUCAACAAUACGAACACGAUCUCAUGAAUUAUACCCACGAAGAGUAUUUAGACUGGGUGCUCCAGGAAAAGCCAAACAUUUUCAACACUGAUGAAAUUAGAAGGUAUAACGAAACAGUUCGAGUUGUAAAGCAAUUCCCUGAAUUUGGAAAACCCAGAAUUUUACUGUUAAACCAUCCACACAAAGCAACAGGUCUUCCUCGAUUGCCAUCUCUUAAAUAUCAUGAAUUGGAUUUAGAAUAUCAAUAUCAAGUGAGUUAUUUGAGACAGCUCAUUGAAACACGCCUUCGUCCCAAACAAUUCAAACAUCUUGCAGUAUCAGGAGAGUAUUUGGCGAAUUUGAUUGAAAGCAUGGUCAAGCAUAUGAACACUCUGGAUACAGCAGAUGUUGGUUUGGCACUCAUUAAGGAACUUUCAUUCAUUUUGAAACAACAUUGCUUGGAACAGUACAAUCAAAAAUUGCAUUCUAUACCUCUUCCACAAGAUUUGGACUUUCUACAAAAUCAACACGAAGAAAUGAAAUCUCACUCUCUCGAUAUUUUCAAGAAAAAUUGCACAGGAGGAUUAGAUCUUUUUGGAAAUGUAGAAUAUUAUCACGAUCUUGGAAAACAAAUAGACAAGAUAUUUUCUGAUUACUUGCCAAAUAAUGGCGUGGCAGCAUUCAAAGAAUGUUCAGACAUUCUCUCUAAAUUAUUUGAUCAGUACAUUACUAAAAACCAACUAGGUGAAGGAGGUGUUGAACAAUUUGACAAGGCCAUAGAAAUGAUGAAACAACUCUAUUUCCAACAAGCCAAAGGGCCCAAUGAUAUCAAGCAAAAGGUUUUAAAAGAUUUUGAAAGCAAUACAGCUACAGCUGCAAGAAACCGAAUUCUCGACAAAACCACCGCUGAAGAUUCUACAUUGGCUGUUUUCUCGUUAGUACUGGGAACAUUUACCUUCUAUGUUUUGGCUCUCAUUCCAAAACGAUUUGGUUUUGUCAAUGCCAGCCAAUUUUUGAUGAGCUUGUGUUAUUUUACUGCCACGUUGACCAUUCUCAUUGUUUUGGCUUGGUUCAAUAUCAUGGGUUUACGAUUCACUUCUCUCAGUUACUACUCGUCACGAAUCAAAAACUCCCUUCUUCACAUUUUUCUCUUCUAUGGAUAUUUCAAAUUGGGAGCUAUUGUUGUGAUUGGACUCGUGAUGCUGUUUGUAUUUUUAAAGAUUUAUUCCUUUAUCAAAUCUAAGGACACAUUGAAUCAAGAAACAGAGAAUUCUGAUCCACUUUAUGAUUCAAAUCAUGAAGACGAUGAAGAUUGGAUGGAUGAAAGUUAUCUGUCAGACGGUAUUCCUGCGACGGUCACCAAACGAAAUCGACAUGCAUACAUGCCUCCAAGCUCACCACUCAUGUACCCAGCACAAGACAUUGCUGCUACCUUUAAUCAAUACAGCCCCACACCAAGCCCGUAUUUGAAAGCUAGUUUAUUGAACAUGGCAAGUCCUAGAACUCCGAAUAACUAUGCAUCUCCUUUGUCAGCAUCACGAAGAAUGCAUUCUCAACAACAAUACUCUGUAGGGACUCCUUAUUCUACGACAGCAUGCUAUGAAAGACAGUUUUUGACGCCACCAUCGAUGCCUAUGCGAAUGAAAGUUCAACCAUCCUCGUUUCACACACCUCACACCAUUUCUGCAUUAAGGAAGAAUCCUGUUUCUGCCAGCAGUAAGAAAGCAAAAACACAUAUUUUGCACAGUGCAGGAAAAGUCUAUGACAGGUAUCAGCAUGAACAGGACUAG